AUGAAAAAGAAGAAUUCCAGCUCAUCCGAUAUGCUAGAGUAGAUUAUUAAUUAAUAAGGCAUUCAGCUGGAGAUAUAAGUAGUCCAAUGCUUUCACCUCGUAAACGUAAAUAGAAAGGAAAUGAGACUUUUAAUUUUAUGCUUCGAGUGAUCAAUUCUUCAUUUGUUUUCAGUACAUUAACUCUUCCCUUUUAUUUCUAAAUGGUUGGAAUAAUAUUUGGAGUUAUUACUUGCAUAUUUUUCUUUAUUUUAAGUUAUUUUCAAUCAUUACUUCUUUUGGAUCUAAAGUAUUAUGCUCGAUCAAAGAAAAAAUAAGGAUCAUUAACAAAAUUAUUUGAACUAUUAUAAAUGCCAAAGUAUUCAGCUGACAUUUAUAGAGGCAUCAUGAUAUUUAAUGCGUAUCUUUACAUAGUCUUAUUGAUGAGUGUAUUUUAGUCUUCCAUAUAAUCUCUAAUUUAUAUGAUGGCAAAACAACAAUUAACAGACUAAGUAAAUAUAUUAAGAUAUUCAAGUGGGCUAAAUCAUUAGCAUCAUAAUAAUUCAUCUAAUUUAUUGGUAGUCUUUUAAUGAUUCCUUUUUUUGUUAAAUGGAAAUACCCUGUUUAUAUUGUUGCAAUUGCUAGAAUUUUAGGUGUUUUAUCUAUAAUUUUCAUUAUCAUAGCUUCUUUUGAUAUAUCUCAUCCAUCUAGCUAAUAUUUAUAUCCCUCAAGUGAAAAAAUUGUAUAAUCUUUAAUUUCAACUCCAACAAUAUUAUUGGCUUUUGCUUACCAUUCAUAAUUUUUUACUGCAAGAGCAUCAGAUAAAGGAUUAGAAAAUGAUGAUGAUUUAGAAAGAAAAUUAAAAAAAGGGGCAUUAUUUGGUUCUUUAUUCUUAAUGUGUGUUGAAGUUACUUUUUCUAUUUUGGCAGCUAUUGCUUUUAAUUCCGUAAAUACUUAACUUGACUCAUUAUAUGGAAAUUUAAUAAGAAUGGUUUAUCAAUCUAAAAAUUUUGAUCCUCAUUUAAGCGACGCUUAUUUCUACAUAUUCUAUAUUUUUAUUGCAAUAAGUGCUCAAUUACAAUUAUUAUAAUACAUACCAUAUAUAACUGUAUUAGUACUUAAUAUAUGGGAUAAAAAACCAGUAAUUCCUAAAGAAUAGAAUGUUGAAUUCAUUUUAAUUACUGAUGGCGAUUUUCAUAAAGAAGAGGAAAAAGAUAAUAAAAAAUCAUAAACUAUGAAUUAUAAAUUUAAGUAAUCAUUUGCUAUUCAUGAAAAUACAAAACUUUAAUAAAAUCAAAAUACUUCAAUUUUUGUAACUGUAGUUUUUUAUAUUUUGGCAUUCCUCUUUGCUAUGGCUAAACCUCCAAUUUUAUUAUUAAGUUGCUUAAUGGGAUCUACAUCUUAGAAUUUUGUUACUUUUCUCAUACCUUCUAUUUUAUAUUUGGAUAAAUAAUUUAAGAUUGAUGCUGAUAUAUAUAAAAAAUGCUUUGCUUGGUUUACAUUUAUUUUUUCAAUAAUUUUUGCUAUUGUUUCAGUUUCAUUUGGUUUAUAUGGAUUGUAUUCAGAUUAGAUAUGA